AAAAAAACAGCAUUGUACAAAUCACCAUUUCGAUAAUAAGAAUAUUACAGGAGUGCAAUUAAGAAUUCAUCUUUUUCUACCAUGUCUACAUCAAUAUCUGUCGAUGAGCGUAUGUUAAAAGGAAUAAGAAGAAUAAUUCCAAAUUUGAAUAAUACCAAAUAUAAAGGUCAAGAUGGUCGAAUUGGCAUAUUUGGCGGUAGUAUAGAGUAUACCGGUGCACCAUAUUAUGCAGCAAUGAGUGCACUCCGUACUGGAUGUGAUUUAGUGCAUGUAUUUUGUGCAAAAGAUGCAAGCAUUCCUUUAAAAUCAUUUAGUCCAGAACCUAUUGUUCAUCCAGUUUUAGAUCAAUAUGAUGCAAUUAAACAAAUAAGACCAUGGCUUGAUCGUUUACAUGUAAUUGUCAUUGGACCAGGUCUUGGUAGAGAUGACAAAAUAUUUAAAACAAUAGUUGAAUUGAUCUCAGUUUGCCGUGAUAUGAAAAAACCAUUAAUAAUUGAUGCAGAUGGGUUAUUUCUAAUUAGUCAAAAACCUGAUAUUAUAAAAGAAUAUCCAGGUGUUAUUCUGACUCCUAAUGCAAUGGAAUUUAGUCGUCUUGUUAAAGGAGUACUUGAUAAAAAUAUUCUACCUACACCAAUGGCGAAAGCCAAUGAUGUUAAACAUUUAGCAGAUGUAUUAGGAAAAAAUGUAGUAGUUUUACAUAAAGGAGCAAAGGAUGUAAUUGCAGAUGGACAUAAAGGUACUGAAGCAGUAUCAUGUGGAUUAGCAGGUUCUGGACGAAGAUGUGGAGGUCAAGGAGAUCUUCUGGCUGGCGCAUUAGCUGUGUUUUGGUGGUGGGCAAUUUGUGCAGGAAAUAGUGAAAGUACUUUGUCACCACCAAUAGCUGCAAGUUACGCUGCAUGUAGAUUAGUAAGAGAAUGCAAUGCAUCUGCAUAUAAGGUGAAGCAAAGAGGAAUGCUAACUACUGAUAUAUUGGAGCAAAUACAACCUGUUUUUGCCAGAAUUUUUGAAACUCAUUGCAACAAGUGA